GUGGACCUCGUGAAGUGGUUCGAGCUCUUUGCACUGGACACGAUUACCGAUAUUGCUUUCGGUGAAGGUUUCGACGUGUUGCGGCAGGGCAUGGAUCCUGAAGGUGUGCUGGCUCGUAUCCGGGCCUCCAAGUUUCGACGAAACUGGCUAGGUCACAUUCCCUGGGCUAUGCGACUGUUGUCGUCUGAUAUCGAGCCGUUUACCGAAUCUUUGCUGACUCAAAGAACGGCAAAGGAGACAAUCUGGGCCAAGGACUUUCUGCAUUAUCUAACCGAGAUCGAAGCUGUCGAUGGGGAAUCCGUGAUUAUGGCGGGUGCUGAUACUAUCGCUGCCACACUGAGUAGCUUUUUCUGGUUCCUGUUGUGCAAUCCGGAUUGCUACAGCCGACUCCAGAAAGAGAUUUUGGAUGUAUACAAGACGGAAGUUGUUUAUAACACCAGCAGGCAUCCCCAGCUGCAUUACUUGGCAGCGUGCUUAAAUGAAACUCUGCGACUUCAUCCACCGGUCUUGACGAAUGGGACGAGAACGGGCGGCAAAGUCGUCGGGGGAAGGUUCAUCCCGCCUGACACCAACAUCUGCAUACCCCCGUACGCUAUGCACCGACGGCCCGAGUGCUUUUUUCCUCAGACGGAGGAGUUCAAUCCCGACCGGUGGUUGCCGGCAGAAGCCCACAGAUUCACGCACAAUCUCGCUGGGUUCAUCCCGUUCUCGAUCGGGCCCGCUGGGUGUGCCGGUCAACGAUUGGCGCGAAUGGAGUUGACGAUGACCGUGUGCUUACUGAUGAAAGUGUUCCGGUUUGAGAAGAUGCCUGGUGUGAAUUACGAAUCGUGGCCGGCAGGGAUCCGAGAUGAGUUGUUGGCUACGCGGGAUCCGUUGUGGGUGAAGAUAACACUUCUUCGUCGUUGAUGUGUUCGAUUGCCGUCUCGUGUCUCCUGCGUACCUCAUCCCACUCCAAGCCCACCCAUGUUUCCAAUUCUAGAUCCUGUAGGCCCAAUUGUAUCCAUGCUUGCAACCGGCUCUCUGUAACGGCUUGGAAACCACCAGAGUCUGAGUCUAAAGCCAAGGCUCUUAGCAUUAUUUCUGCCACAAUCGCGUGUCGAAGAAUCUUGAGCCCAUUCCGCCUAUCUUUGCGCCAGAACUUGGCAGCCUUUUCCAUGUCUUUGACCCUCCUCCCUUCUACCCAUUCACGCAUCUUAAUCAUAUCCGGUGUGUACGUGGGCCGCUGCUCAGGCUCGACCAAUACAGACUCCUCGACCAGGCAGCACACCGACUCGACGAGACUUCCCUCGCGCACCCGUGCUGCGAAUGCCGACUCGGAGAGAAUGGUGACGUCGUAUCGCCCUCUGUGGUAGCUCGUUUGCGGUGCAGGACCGUCCGUGUCCGCGACGACGAUGAGAAGAUCGAAGUCGCUGGUGGGAGUCUGGGUGCCCCAGAGACGCGAUCCGAUCAGGAAAGCGCCGUGGAGAGGAUGUGUGACGUGGAAGGAUUUGAGCAGAGAGUGGAUGGUAUGCGACGUAGGUGAGACCAUGGCUGCAUGUGUGACGCG